AACUGACACUCACAGAAGACAGAACAAAACCUAUCCCCAACCAUAGCCCAGAGCAGAUCCCCUUCCUCCACCCCAGCGGCCAUGGCAUCGCCGGCGCUGGCAACCAUCCCGGACGAGCUCCUGGAGGAGAUCUUUCUCCGCCUUCCGACCCCGGCCGCGGUCGCCUGCACCUCCGCCGCUUGCACCUCCUUCCGCCGCGUUAUCAAAGGUCGCGCCUUUCGCCGCCGCUUCCGCUCGCUGCACCUGCCUCCCCUUCUUGGCUUCAUGGACGCGGCCGGCUUCCACCCCGCCGAGGCGCCGCACCCCUCCGCCCCGCUCGCCGGCGCCCUCGCCCCCUGCGCCGCGGACUACUCAUUCGUCCCGCCCGUCGUUUCUUCUUCUUCCUACGAAUCCUUCGAGCUCGACGGGGACGCAGUCCCCCGCUGGCGCCCCCGCGAUGUCCGCGAUGGCCGCGUCCUCCUGGAUUGGAUCUCGCGCCACCCUCGCGUCGUCCACAUGUGGAGCUACCCCGAAGACGGCUCCCGGGAAGACGAAGACGGCUCCGACAUAAGCAUCCUCAUGAACUGUACCGAGGUGGUUGAUUACCACGUCGGCGCCCGCCCCACGUGGACCAAACGGGAGCGCUGCAACGCCGCCGACUUCCACCUCGCCGUGUGCGACCCCUUGUUCCGCCGGUACGUGUUGCUCCCCACCAUACCCGAGGAUCUCGCCGCCCACCCGCAAGAGCGCCUCUUCGAGUUCGAGCCCAUGCUCGCCUCCGACGGCGAGGAUGAGUCCUUCAAGGUGAUAUGCAUAGCAAGAUACGAAACCAAGCUCGCCAUCUUCGUCUUCACUUCCACAACUAGGCAAUGGCGCGUGGGCAUAUGUCCCAACCUGAAUCCUCUUGGCAACUUGUCCUGCUUCGACUGUGUGCGUGGCUGCUUCUACUGGACAGAACGUCGUGGGUGGAGCGACGAUCUGCUUGUGCUGGACACGCACACUAUGGCGUUUUCCGGUGUUGAUCUCCUGACUGGCUACCAUGUGCAGCUCAGAGAUCUGCCUGACGAGUACAUUUCCAGUCGGCGUCUGAGCGCUGUUGUUGUGGGCAGAGAAGGAGUCCUUGAGAUGUUUUCUCUUGUUUGUCAACAUGGGUCCUUUGCUCUCCACCAUACAUCUCUGAAACAUAAUUCACAUGAAUGGAAGCUGGAGAAGGUCAUACCGCUGCCUGACCUGUAUCGGGACUAUUCAAUCUGCUCAGUUGGUGGAGCUGAGGGAUUCUUGUUUUUUCGAGGCGCUCCGGAAGGCAUUAUUAAUAAUGUGGGCAUUAAUAAUGAGAAUGUGGAUUGUUACUCACUAGAUGUCAAGACUUAUGAAAUUACCAAGGUUUGUAGCAAGAUGGAGAUUUUCUUCAAUCGCAAACGUGCCCUCCCCUACUUCAGCUUCCCCGCAUUGUUAUUGGAACCAACCAUUUGAUCAAGAGAUCUUAGCUCGCUUCCUUCUGCCAUCAUGUUUGGCCAUAACAUCUGCAGUUGGAUGGAGGAUGUUCAAGACGAUGGUACUGCAAAUCUGCUAGCUAGAUAUAGUACUCGGACCUUGGUAUUAGUAUUGGAAAUGCUGUCAGCAAGUUGAUAUAUGUCCGCAUUAAGCAUAUGUAUGUAAGCACGAUAUGCUGUCAGCAAGUUGAAUCUGCCCAAGACUUGUAUUGAUGUUUCCGUUGGAAGAAUAGGUAGGCCAAUUGUGCGGACUUUGGUUAAGUUCUCAUGUGUUCCCCCUUUUUUAUCCAUGCCUUCAAUCUAGAUGGUAUAUCAGUACCUGAGCACCAGCUUUUCUCUGAAUGUAUGAGUUCAUUUCUGCUAUUAUGAUGCUUCUGACUGA